AUGUCUUUUUUCCCCAAAAUCUCUUUCCAACGUGAAGUUGAAGAGUAUCUCACCAAAGUGUUCAGAAAUAAUGAGCUUAUCUCUGCUUUAGGUACGCAGGAGGUGGAGAGUAGAUACCAAUCUCUGUUAAGUCAUCUAUCUCAUCCACCGUCUUUCACAACCGUUAGAGUUAAUACCCACUUGGCCUCAGUCAAACAUGUGAAAAAACUGCUGUUUGAAGAAAUCCAGAAGCAAUUUAAAGGACUAUGUGUUCCAGUUCUUGAGCACCCGAAACUCCAGGACAUCUUAUUAAUUCCUGUCAUUGGACCCAGGCGAGAUUUAAAAAAACAUGCAUCUGAAGUCAUUGUUGGAGCCCACUGUGGAUAUGCAGUACUUCGAGGAGCACAUGUUUAUGUCCCUGGAAUCAUAUCUACCUCAAGAUUUAUGAAAGCUGGAGAUCUGGUCUCAGUGUAUUCAGAUAUUGAAGGAAAAUGUAAAAGAGGAGCCAAAGAAUUUGAAGGAGUCAAAGUUUUCCUUGGAAAUGGGAUUUCACAACUGAGUCGCAGUGAAAUCUUUAGUUCAAGUGGCCCAUUGAAUGGGAUGGGCAUAAGAAUGAUAGAGCCAGUCUACCUUAGUCCUUCGUUUGACAAUGUGCUCCCUAGUCAUUUGUUUUUACAGAACUUGCCUUCUGUGGUUGUGAGCCAUAUUUUAAACCCUCAACCAGGAGAGAGAAUUUUGGAUAUGUGUGCUGCACCUGGAGGAAAAACAACCCAUCUUGGAAUAUUAAUGCAUGAUCAGGGUGAAGUAAUAGCCAUGGACAAGAUAGCUAAGAAGGUCAAAAAAAUUAAGGAGAAUUCUGAAUUGCUACAGUUAAAUUGUAUUAAGGCAUUUUGCUAUGAUGGAACAAAGGCACUUUCAGUUGAGAAGAGAGAGGAUGAACAAGAAGGUCCUCCGUUCUUACCAGAGUCAUUUGAUCGAGUUCUUCUUGAUGCUCCAUGUAGUGGGAUGGGACAGAGACCAAACAUGGCUUAUUCCUGGACUUUAAAGGAAGUGACCUCUUAUCAGCCACUACAGCGCAAGCUUUUCACAGUGGCAGUGAAAUUGCUGAAGCCAGGAGGUGUUUUAGUAUAUAGUACAUGUACGAUUACACUCUCUGAAAAUGAGGAACAAGUUGCUUGGGCCCUGAAGACUUUUCCGUGCCUCCAGCUUCAGCCACAGGAACCUCAUAUUGGAGGAGAAGGCAUGAGGGGAGCUGGACUGUCGCUUGAUCAGUUGAAGCUGCUGCAGAGAUUUGAUCCAUCUGCUGCGACGUUGCAAGGAAUGGAUAUGAACUCUCUGCAAGGUUCCAGGGAGGAUGAUCUGAUUUCACUGGCAAAUAAGGACUGUAUAGGAUUUUUUAUUGCAAAAUUUGUUAAAUCGAACAGUAAGUAA